AUGAUUGUACUAGACGUCCUAUCUAAGUUGAAACUCCUCCGGACGAAUCUCGGAGAGUUGGGACAACGAUAUUUCGAUGUCCUCAAUCUACAAAAGGCUAUAGAUCUCCAAACAGCCUUCUCAAAACUCGAGUCAGCUUGGGGAGGAAAGGACAACGUCUUUCUCAGUCGCUAUCGGUUUUGUCAAAUGCGUCAAGAAUCCAAUCAAUGUGUCAGUGAUUUUAUUACUAAUCUGACCCUGGCCAUUCAGGACUGUGGGUAUAAAGAGAUCAAGGCAGACAACUUCGUGCACGCAAUGCUCGUUCAGCAGUUGAUCGUCGGUCUACGCGAUGAAAAAGCUCGGGAAAAUCUCUUAUCAGAGAAGAAGGAUUUGUCAUGGGAGAAAGCCUGUGAUAUUGCCAGUCAUCAGGAGCGCGUGCGGCAAAACCUUCAGCAGCUGAAUCAGUCAAACGAUGGAGUGAUAGCAUCCUUGGAAUCGGAAAUGGCUGUCUCCCUGGUCAACACUGCUGUGUCUUCACCUAGACAGCGACCCUCAGCUCCCUCAAAACAACUACCAUCAUGCUACCGUUGUGGCCAGCAUCAUAUCCGGUGGUCAGACUGUAGACACCAGAAGACGGUAUGCCAGUUUUGCAAGAAAGUCGGCCACAUCGAACGAGUGUGUUUCUCCAAAAGAGGAGCGAAUAGUAACACGCAUGCGACCUACCCUAGUCCAGCUGGGGAUGGUGAGGCGAUACUCCGAAUGUUUCCGGCCAACGCUACUCUCCAAUCCCCCUACACCAUCACGCUUCCGGUUGAUCACCAUCCCGUGAAGUUUGAAAUCGACACUGGCUCAGCUGUUACUCUCACCAAUGAGGCCUCUCUUCAGAAAGUACCCUCCCUCCUACCGGCUAGCUCAACAUUCCGUAGUUACACUGGACAGAACGUAGACGUUCGAGGGGUCUUUACAGCCGAAGUCGAACAUGAUGGAGAACUUCAUUACUUGCCGGUUCAUGUGGUGAGAGGAAGCCAACAACCGAAUCUCCUUGGACGAAAUUGGAUUAAAUGUGUGCCUUCUGUGCUAUCCUAUGUGCAUCGGAUUGGUGUAAAUCCGGCUUUAGAUUCAAUUUUGGUAAAUCAUAAGGAUCUAUUUCGUGACGAUUCAGCUACCCACUACCGCGGUCCACCUGUUAAGUUUCAGUUUCAGUCAGAUUUCCGGCCCCGGUUCUUCAAAGCUCGUACAGUCCCCUAUGCACUCGCACCGAAGGUCGAAGAAGAGCUGGAUCGCCUACAGAAAGCGGAUAUUAUUGAGCCCGUGCAAUAUUCGGAAUGGGCAGCCCCAAUAGUUCCUGUUCUUAAAACCGAUGGUUCUGUGCGUAUCUGUAGCGACUACAAGCUGACAAUCAACUCAGAAACUAAACUGAACCCUUAUCCUCUCCCGCGCAUCGAGGAUCUGUACGCAUCUCUCUCGGGUGGUCAUCAGUUUACAACUUUGGACCUAAAGCCUGCCUACAACCAAGUCGUCCUAGAUACUGAAUCCCGAGACGCCACCACCAUCAAUACGCAUCGGGGUUUAUUUCGAUAUAAAAGACUACCAUUUGGAGUAAGUUCGGCUCCCGGUUUAUUUCAAUGCUUGAUUGAUAAUCUCGUGAAGGAUAUACCUCACGUUUGCGCAUAUCUUGACGAUAUAUUAGUUACCGGUCCAUCUGAACGUAGUCAUCUAGAGACUCUAAACAUCGUGUUAGGACGUUUAGAGGACGCCGGUUUUAAGCUCAGGAAAGAGAAGUGCACUUUCCUUGCCGACUCGGUAGAAUACCUGGGCUUCAGGGUGGAUAAAACUGGCCUCCAUCCACUUGAACAUAAGCUCAAAGCCUUGAAGACGGCGCCGCGCCCCAACAAUACUAGUCAAUUGCGUUCAUUCCUGGGGUUGGUCACCCACUAUAGUCGCUUUAUGAAUCAAUUGGCUACAAUUCUCAAGCCUCUUUAUCGACUACUUGAAAAGAAUUGUGGCUGGCACUGGUCGGAGGUCGAACAAAGUGCUUUCGAACAGGCAAAGGCGGCUCUUACCUCCUCUGAUUUUCAACCAUUCUUCAGCCGUCAGAACGAGUUAAGUCUACAAGACGGAUGCAUACUAUGGGGCAAUCGUGUAGUUGUGCCACCACAAGGUCGACGGGCCAUCCUCAGAGACCUGCAUAAUGCUCAUCCUGGUACAGUUAGAAUUAAAGCUCUCGCCCGCAGCUAUGUUUGGUGGCCCAAAAUUGACGCAGAUAUAGAAAACGUGGUGAAAGCAUGUCACGUGUGCCAAAUAACACAGAAGACCUUACCGAAGGUUCCUCUGAAGCCUUGGGCCUGGCCCGACUCGCCGUGGAAGAGGGUACACGUCGAUUAUUUUGGGCCAUUCCAAGGCCAUAUGGUUUUGGUGGCAGUUGACGCCCACACUAAAUGGAUUGAUGCGAUUCCGACAGGAAAUUCUUGUUCCUCACUGACUACAAUCAACGAGUUGCGAACCGUCUUUUCUACUUUUGGGAUACCUGAAAUGGUCGUUUCAGACAAUGGCCCGGCCUUUACUAGUGCAGAAUUUAAAGAUUUCAUGGAGAAAAAUGGAAUUAGACAUUUAACUACUGCCCCGUACCACGCUGCUUCAAAUGGCCUCGCAGAGCGUGCAGUCCAGACAAUAAACCACGGACUAGCCAGACAGACGGAAGCGGACUUGGCCACCAAGUUGUCACGCUUUCUGUUUAGCUAUCGCAUAACACCAAACGACUCAACGGGUGCUUCGCCUGCAGAAUUGAUGUUCAAGCGGCAGUUGCGCACACGACUCGACCUGCUUAAUCCAUCAACGCAGGAUAGGGUCACUGCAAAACAGACGAAGAUGAAAGAACGAUAUGAUGUGAGCACCCGACCACGAGUUGUCGCGCCCAACGAAAGUGUCUACACGCGACUGGAACACGAAACGAACUGGUGUCCAGCGGUAGUUCGAAAAAGCGAGGGUCAAAUAGUGGAAUUAGAGUUAGAAGGUGGGCGAAUUGUGCGUCGACAUCUGGACCAAGUUCGCAGCCGAACGGACCCAGUAAGUGGAGAAUUCGGAGAGUUAGAACUGCCAGCAACCCUUGAUAGGGAUCCUGACAUCCCGAGGACUGAGCCCCUACUUCCUGCACAGGGGUGGUGGUGA